CGCUCCGAUGAGCGGCUCGAUCCUCGACGAGGAAAAUCGACGGUUCACUUCCGAAGUGUGUCCCGCGUCGGCCGUGCGCGAUAACGUCGAUCGGCAGGGGUAACCCACGUGAAUUCGCGAUGGCAGAGCGCAUUUAAGGUCGCCGUUGAUCCUCGAAGGAUUGACAACACGCGAGUUACGCGCGUACGGAAGAGAUCCGAUUGAUUAAAAUUAUAUUUUCGCCGUCUUAUUUCACGAUGAUCGUUUCGAUUGCUAGUUUGAUUAAAUAGAAAGACGAAGCUUGAAUUCGCGCGUAUUUUGGACCGCACAUCGCGAGAAAAAGAGGAAAGGGACGGCGAGGAGGAGCAAGGUACCUUGCCACCUCGCCAUUUCUUAUCUACGAUUUAAACACCGACAAGAUGAUCGGACCGUCGUCGGGGGCGGCCGGUGAAGUCACCGAAAGUCGCGCGUCCUCCAAACGGAAAGCUUUCGACGAUCUAGACAUCGACAACCCUAAACGAAAGAUCUUCGAUGAGUUGGACAUUGACAGUUUCUGCGAGGAAAUCCGCCAGACGAAUCGCAAGCGUUAUCUCCAGGAACUCGAGACGCCGGAGGAGUUAGUGGCUACGUCGAAUGAAAUGAUCACAGAAGCGGCAACCCUCUUUUCACCGAUGUCCGCUCAGGAGAUUGUCGAUGAAUCGCAAGUAGCGCAUCUUGAGGUGUUACUGGUGGAUGGCACCAAUUGCACCUGGACGACCAUGUCGGAAUUGGAACAGCAGCAAAAUCUGGACGUCCUCGUGACUUCGUCCUCUUCGUUGUCGUUAUCGUCGUCAUCGUCAUCGUCGUCAACCAUCUCCGAGCGGAAUCAUCCAGCGGAAACCUACACCGUCGAGGAGACUAAUUAUCAGCCGGCGAUGUCGAUGAAUUAUUGGGAACAGAGCACCGCACCCGCGGUAUCUUUCGCUAAUUCAAACAUUCAGCAAAAUAAAGGAACGAUGAAUAAUAAUCAGCAACAGCAGCAGUUUGAAGAUCAGGAAAACGGAAAUCUGUCGUGGUUGCUGGAUUUUAAACUGGACUCGUUCAUUGAAGCCACAGACGACAGAUCGAUUGUGGGACCCGUCUCGACAAAGGAUAAUCAUUGCGGCAACAAGAGCAAACCAAACGGACGGUCGCACAGUUCCAAUUAUACCAACGACAUCAGAAAAGGACCCGAAAAUUCAUCGAUGUAUCGACAAGACUCGAAUCAGGUGACUUAUCCUGCCAACGGAUUCGACAACCGGAAUAUUUCGCGAUCCAACGGACCGAAAAAACCUCCCUUUACCUAUACGGAAUUGAUAGAGCAUGCUUUGCAAGAAAGAGGCGAACUCACGGUCUCUGCGAUUUACCAAUGGAUCUCGGAACAUUUCCCUUAUUACAAGAGCAACGAUGAUCGCUGGAAGAACUCCGUUCGGCACAAUCUCUCGAUAAAUCCACAUUUUCGGAAAGGUUCGAAGGCGCCUCAUGGAGCCGGUCAUCUUUGGGCGAUCGCAAAUCGUAGCGAUUGUAGACCUCGUCCGCUCGCUGUUAAUGGAUUAGCAACCACUACAUCGACGCAACAAAUUGCACAGAAUGAUUGCGAUGAAUCCCGGAGUAAUAAAAUCAUUAGCGAUAUCAUAGACGAGGUGGAGGCUGCAACGGCGAGCAUUACGCAAUCAAAUCCAGACGAGGAUACUGAUAAUAUAUUGAAUCCUGUGACGCUCGAGCAUUCUGCCGAGCAAAUACUCAACGGUAUAAAACGUGAGGUGGAGGUGCAAUAUCUUGUUCCCAUGAUGAUGGCCAAUAAUGACGAGGCAAAUCAGCAGAAUCAGCUGACCGUUCAACAAACGGAGUUUCAAUGUCCUUUCAAGGAGAGCGAUUUCCUGAAUCCAGUAUCUAAAGAGGUCGUCGCCGAGGAAUGCGGGCUCGUGAGCGAAGGAUACCUAGUGACGGAUUUGAAUCCGAAUGCUUUUGGAUUGAACGUCAUCGAUCCCGAAAUCAUAGGAUCGGAGAAUCUCUUCGGUGAAGAGCUUAGCUUCCAAUUUUACGAAUUGACAUCGCCGUCGCAGCUACAAUCCGCCUGACACACGGAGAGCAAUAAAGUACAUUUUAUCGUGAUCGACGAAUUCCAAAUACAGAACACGCUGACGCGCGGUGAUAAUGAUGACCGAGCGAUCGUCUGCGGCGAUGCUGAAAGCGAGGAAAAUGUUUCGGAAAGGGAAAACUCGCAGACAAGAUUGCCUGUCAACAGCGAUCAGGAUUACGAAUGCGCAACAACGAGAAGCUGAUCUCUUAUUCGAAUUGUGCUAUCGCAAAAUUUUUACGAUAACUAUUUUCGAAGAUGUUCGAUCAUUUUAUUCACAAUGCGACUGUUAGAAUAGCUAGAAACCAGCUUAACAGAACCAGUUAAUUGAUAAGCUUAGAGAAUGAGAUAAAUGAGUCAACUACAGUGCAAGUAUGAGGAAGUCAUGUCUCUCAAAUUUGAUGCCACGUAGUUUGAUGAUUUAUGAUUGUGAUGUUUACAACGAUCGUCGAAGGAUCUUAGCACAAGAUCCGAAAUAAACGAAGCAAUUAUAUAUAUCGUCCAACGUGUGCCUGGUUAAAGUGUCUUAAGAUGAGCGUCACUUAUCACCUAUGCAUUUAUUUCUUCUAGUCUUUUGCGAAACAGUGUGUAACGUUUUUGUAUUAGUAAAGAAAGUACGAUAUUUACUAUUAUAUGUA